GAUACAUUCAAAAACCUUCUAUUGGCGAAAAAUCAAAUGCAGUGACAAUGGAAAGUUUCACAGAGUCUAUUGCCAGUCGAUCCACAAAACUUAACCAGCUUAUUUUGGGAAGAUCUAAUUUGAACAUACCUCAGCCACAUCUGACAAGUAGAGACACACUUCUGGAUGCACUGGUGGCUUUGUAUGAUGAAUGCAACAAUGAACAGUUGAGAAGAGAUAAGCAAGUGGCUACAUUUGUGGAAAGAUUUCGAAGUGUGAUACGUGAAGUAAAGCGUCUUCGUGUCAAUAUUACUGACUUUGAGGUGAAGAAGAUUAUUGGAAGGGGACAUUUUGGAGAGGUGCAAGUUGUGAGAGACAAGCAAGCAGGCGAUGUAUAUGCUAUGAAGGUUCUAAGAAAAGGAGAAACUUUAUCCCAGCAAAAUGUUGCUUUUUAUGAAGAAGAGAGAGAUAUUAUGGUGAAGGCUGCUAGCCCUUGGAUCACUCGACUACAAUAUGCUUUUCAGGAUCACUUGAACCUAUACCUAGUGAUGGAGUUUCACCCUGGUGGUGACCUUCUGUCCCUUUUGGAUAGACAUGAUAACAUGUUAUCCGAAGAUAUGGUUAAAUUCUAUUUGACUGAAUUGGUCCUAGCCAUCCGGAGCUUGCAUACAAUGGGUUAUGUGCACAGAGACAUAAAACCUGAUAAUAUCUUGAUAGACCGAACAGGUCAUAUCAAACUAGCUGACUUUGGUUCUGCUGCUAAGCUCAGUGAACACAAUACGGUUACAAGUAGGAUGCCAGUUGGAACACCAGAUUAUAUUGCACCAGAAGUGCUGCUGGCCAUGAAUGGUGGACCAUCCAGUAGUACUGUUUAUGGAGUAGAGUGUGAUUGGUGGUCUCUUGGGAUUGUAGCAUUUGAGAUGCUUUAUGGGGCCACACCUUUCACAGAUGAUAAAGUGGUUGCAACAUACAGCAACAUCAUGAACUUUAAGAAAUCUUUGACUUUUCCUGAUGAACCAGAAAUAUCAGCACCAGCUAGAGAUCUGAUAAAAAGGCUCUUGAAAGAAGCAACUUUGCGUUUAGGAUACAAUGAACUUUGUGAACAUGAAUUUUUUGUUGAUAUGGAUUGGAACAACAUGCUUCAGACUGUACCACCAUUUGUUCCAAACAUCAGUAGUCAAGACGACACUUCAAACUUUGAUGAAUUUGAACACGAAGCUAUUAGGCCAUUGGGAGUAGAACUGAUGAAAAAUAAAGAAUUCAGUGGAAAAAACCUACCAUUUGUUGGCUUUACUUACACUAGCUGUCUCAGUUCCCAGUUUGAUAGGUCUGGUUUUUUGGAAGGAAGUUUCUCUUCUCCUGUUAAGUCUGUAAAUACAGAAGACUCUAAGAAAGAAUUACAUCUACUCCAGCAGGAGCUAUGUUCCUUGAAAAGCAAAGAGUCUGAGCAUCAAGAAGUAAUCAAACAGCUAAAAUUACAAUUGGAUCAGAAGGCUAAACAACAUCAGAAUGUAGAAGAGGAGAGAGAUUCCCUUCAGAAAGAUCUUGUACAGCAAGAGUCAGAAGUCAAAACAAUAAAAAGGCUAUUAGAAGUAGAAAGACAGGACAGAUCUAUAACAGAGAAGAAGGCUAUGGAAUUGAUGAAGGCUUUCAAACAAAAAUCCAAGGAGCGAGAAGAGAUGCUGAUAGAAGAAAUAAAGAAGAAACUGGAAGAGGAGAAAAAAAGAAGCAAUGAAUUAGAGAGUCAGCUGUCUUGUAGCCAGGAGCAGUUGAAACUCAAGACUAAUGAGAUCAGAGAGUUCCAGUUAGAAGCAGAACAGCUCAAGAAUCAGAUGAAAAAGGACCAAACUGUAAAAAAAGACCUAGAAAGUGACCUCACAACAGUGAAAAAAACAUUGGAAGAUUUACGUGUGAAAUUUGAAGUUGAAAAAAAAGCUAAAAAAGAAGCCCAAGAGCAGGUUGUAGGGCUGAAGAAUGCCAUGAUUCGUUUAGAGUCAGACUGGUCCACCAAAGAGGAUCUGAUGCAGCAGAAGAGUCAAGGAGAAGGUGCAACUGUUGUGGUGGCAGCUUCUGAAGUGACAAAGAUGGAAUCAAAUGAACAGCAGAAGGAACUUGAGAAGCUACAGAGUGAGUUUGAGGAAGAGAAAAAUCUAAGAUCAGAAUUGGAACUGAAGAUUUCACAACUAAAAAAUGAACUGAAAACUGCAAAUAGUGAAAGUGAAAAAAAAGAUGAAGAUUGGAGAUUCAAGGAACUAGAGUUUCAACAAAUGAUUCAGAAAUUAGAGGAAGAACUUCAGCAUAGUAAAGCUAUGAAACUGAAAUUCGAGAAAGAUAUACAGAAUAUGGAACUGAAAGAGAAAGAAUUGAAUAAUGUGAUAGCAAAUUUGCAAAAGUCUUUUGUUAUAAAGGAAAUAGGACCAUGUUCAUCAGAUCUUAAGCAGGAGAAUGCAUUCCUAACUACUAAGAUAGAGCAGACAGAGUCCCAACUAGAAAGAGUCCGAGAAAAUUUGGCCAAAGAAAGGGCUGGUCAAAAAGAACUUAGAGAACAGCUGAGAAAGAAACAAGACGAGCUAUCAGACAUCAAGAUGGAUGUAAGAAUCUCUCGCCGUGAAGCAAAACAGGCCGAGGACAUUGUGUCAACUCUUCGGGAUAGUAAUCGUCAACUCAGAGAGAAAUCUACCGUACUUGAAAAGGAGAAAAAUGAAUGGCAAGAGCAGGAGAAAACUUUGCAAGAGAAAAUAAUUCAGCUGGAAGCAGAUCUUCAAACUAAACAGAAAACUUUAGAUGAGCAGAAAAAUACAUUUAAGACAGAAAAAGCCAAGCUGGAAGAGAGAAUCAAAGCCUUGCGGGAGAAUUGUGGAACAACUAAAGAACUACAAGAGAAAUAUGCCAAAAGUCAAGGCAAAUAUGAGGAACUGAGUAAUCAAAUUCAGCUACUAAAAGACCAAGUCAGUGCUAAAGAACAUGAGAAAGAACAGUCAGUUAAAGAAUACAAUGAAAUUAAACAAGAACUUGCUGAAGAAAAGAAGAAAAUCAAGAGCUUGGAAGCAAAUAUAACCUUGUUGAAAUCUACCUGCACCAGUCUGGAAGAUCAGCUUAAAGACUAUGAUGUUGUGACAGACACACAAGAAGAAACUAUUGCAAAACUGGAAAGAGAAAAAGCUACACUAAAGAAAGAUAUUCAGUGCAUUGAAGAAGAAGUGAAGAAUUUGGAACUGUCACUUUCUAGGGAAAAGAAAGCUAGUGCAUCUUGCAUGGCUUGUUGUGGUCAAAGCAUUGAUACUGUAUUGGAAAACUUUCCAUGGAUAGAAGUUCCUGUUCCUGCUCUUGUUGGUGUGUGA